GGAGAGAUUACAAGAGAUAUCCUACUAUGAACAUAGUCCACACAGGGAGGCGUUGGAAAUAGAUUCGGUUAUCAUAAACAGGUGUUGUCAUGGUGUCCAUUAUAUCUUGUGGUCCAUGUCUGUAUGACGAAACCCAUCAGAAUGCUAGAAAAUGGUGUACCAGUUGUGAAGAGGGUUUAUGUGAAGACUGUGAGAAAAAUCAUAAGAAAACCAAAACUACAAGGGACCAUAAACUUAUCUCGAUUGACGAUUAUCGGAAGAUAGAAGAUGUUCCAAUAGACUUUACCUGCAGCGAUCAUGACAAGAAACUCGAGUGGUUCUGUAAAUCUCACGAUAAAGCACUUUGUAUGAUGUGUUUAUCGACUGAACACAGAUCAUGUGCCGAUGUCAUACCAAUAGAUGUUGCUGCUUCAAAUGCUAGACAAUCCACGGCUGUAUCUGACUUGCAGGAGUCAAUUGAGGUAACAUUGCGUAAUAUUACACUUUGCAUCAACAAUAGAAAUACUGCCACAAAAGAUAUUGAAAAGGAAGAUAAAGAUACCAGGACGAUUAUCCAAGAUACGAGGAGAAAAAUAAAUAAGCACUUGGAUGCGCUUGAAGCAAAAUUAAUCCAAACAUUGAUAUCAGCAUCAGAAACAUGCAAAUCAAAUUGUAAUACGUUUCUACGAAAGUUCCAUUCACAACAGGAAACACUGAUCAAACUAAAAGAUCAAGUGCUGAAGAUGAAAGAGUUUGCUUCCGACUUACAAGUAUUUCUUGGUACGCGUCAAAUUGACAAAUUAGUAAUGAGUGAAACAGAAUCCAUCAAAACUGCAGCUAAGUCUAUGUAUGAUUAUAAAUUCAACCUUGUUCUUAACAGUGAUAUUCAGAAAUUAUCAAAUAGCGUAGUCAAAGAUUUUGGAAAAAUCCAAGUAGCUGAACAAUUCUCGAAUUUAAACAUUAAAGAGAUAAAAAUAGAACAGGCACAAAUACAGCAAAAGAUACAACAAUCGAGAAAUGUCGCUGACGUAAAACUUAAGUUAUUAACCAAGGUUAAAAUCAAGCGAGAAGGAGAUAUUCGUAUAACAGGUUGUGCUAUAUUGCCUAAUGACCAUCUAUUGUUUGCGAAUUACAAUACCACAGAACUAUUAGAGUACAAUGAAGAAGGUAACUACAUCGGCAGAAUUCAAGUUUCUGCUAAUCCAUAUGAUAUCACAGUGCUUGAUUCUGAACUCAUUGCAAUCACAUACGGAAGUAAAAGAUUCUUCGAAAUUUUUAAUUAUCGCAAAAGUUGGGUUCAGAAAAUGAUAGAGACCGGUGGAAACUGCUGGGGAUUAAGUCAGUCAAAUGGUAAAAUUUACGUCCGACAUAAUCAAGAUAUUGGUGUUUUUGACAAAAUGGGAAAUAAACUAUGUACUUUGGCUGCCUCAGGAAUGUUAUAUAUCUCUGCGUCCAAAAAUAACAUCUUCUGUUCAAACAAUUCAAAAAACAAUGUAUGUUGUUAUGAUUUGAAUGGAAAAGAAGUAUGGAAGUUUCACGACGAUUCUGUAAAGCAUCCAUUAGGCGUAGCAAAUGAUUGUUGGGGCAACCUUUUCGUUGUAAGUGGUAUGUCUUUCAGCCUUUUAAUUAUACAACAUGACGGAAAAACCUGCAAACACCUGCUUAAUUUGGAUAAAAAUUCUAUUCCGCGUGCGGUAUGCUAUGAUAUGGACAAGCACAUUCUUCUGUUCUGUGAUCAACGAGGUGAAAAUUGUGCAUUGUAUAAAAUAUUGUAA